CGCAACGAGCCCCGAUCUAUUUUCAAGUGUGUUGCAGCAGGUUGUAAGCGGUCGUUUUGUAGAUAUGCAGCGUUUAAGGCUCACUUCUACCGCCAUCAUUACAGCACAAAGCCUGCUCAUGUUACAACCGUAGUAACAUUAAAAUGCACCGUUUUACUCUGUGAAUUUAAAUGUGAGGACAUGAAAUCACUGGUUGGUCAUCUAAAGAAGCACAUAAUUGAGGGACGCCAAGUGAGCUGUCCAGUUAGUGGAUGCAGAGGUGUCUUUACAGUAAAAUCAUCGCUAUCCUCCCAUAUGUCAAGGAAACACAAACAUCUUACAGUGAAUGAGAUUUGUGGUGCAAUGGAAGAUACCCAGAGCCACACUGAAAGUUAUAGCAUACCGGAGGCUGCCAGUCAGUCAUGUGAUGAGGACAUAACGAGCGGGUCCACUUUCAGUGACCUCUAUCUUAGAAAUGUAUGCCUGUUUUACAUUAAACUACAAGGGCAGCAUCUUCUUCCAGCAUCUACAAUUCAAAAUAUUGUUGAAGAGAUGCAGAACAUACAUCAGUUGGGUCAGACAUAUACUUUGAAUAGAGUAAAUACACUUAUACAUGGUAUGGCUAUUCCAGAGGAAGACAUUGUCAAAAUCUGUGACACAGUAAUUCAAUCUGACCUGUUCUCCGUUUGCCAUACAGGGCCUAUGAGAACUGCUUACUGAAGAGCACAGUGCUUUAAAGACAUUUUCAAAUAUGUUGAACCUAAAAAAGUGUUUUUGGGUAGAGAUGAAAACAGGACAGAGAGAUUUGCCUAUUAUAUUCCCGUACUGAAUACUUUAAAAAGUAUGUUGAAGUCUAGUUUUUGGCAGGGCCUCCUGUCAGUUAAUUAUAAUGACCUUCCCAGAACUGAUGUUCUCUGUGAUUGUUGCGAUGGCAAGGUCUUUAUGUCCAACAAAUUUUUUCAGGAAAACCCAAGUUGUCUCAAGCUAGUUUUAUACCAGGAUGCCUUUGAGGUUGUGAAUCCACCGGGCUCUGCAAAAAAGAAGCACAAAGUUUUGGCUGUGUAUUUCUCUCUACUCAACAUGUACCCCCAUGUCCGAUCAAAUACUGAUCAUAUGCAGUUGGUUUUGUUGUGUAGAGAAAAGGAUUUCAAGGACUUUGGCCACACUAAGGUUUUUUCAGACCUGCUUGCUGAUUUGAAAGUAUUGGAGGAGAGAGGAAUAACAAUGGUGGAUACAUCUGUGGUAAAGGGAGGGUGCUGAUCCAGCCAUUUGUGGACGAGAAUGGACACCUGAAACGUAUACAUCUGCUAUUGAACAGCUGGAGACUGAUGACACACCUGAGGUGCAUGGAAUAAAGUUUAGAUAUGGCAGAUUCUCAAAUCAUGAAGACAAUUCGUGAUGCGAUUGAAGCAGUGCUCCCUGAUCUUCCUCAUGAUGUCAUCAAGCUGCUGGAAAAUACGUUGGAGGCACUAGGUGUGCUUACCACAGAUGACUUGCCAUACAUCAAAGAAUCAGACUUGAAUCCAGUAGUAAAGCCCAUACAAGCCAGAAGACUUGUUGCUGCCUGGACCCAAAAUGUCUCAACCACUUCCACUCCAGUGAUGUGUUCUUCGCCAGUAUCUGUCCUUUACUCAUCCCCUUCGUCCUCGGUCAACCACUCACCAGCAUCAUCUGCUAUUGGGUCACCACCCUCAAGCUCUGCAGCAUUUCAAACAGAAGAUGUUAUUGAACACAUCAAGUCCACCUUUUACACCCAGUGUAAAGAAAUCAACAAAGGUACAAGCAUCGAAACACUAUGCAGAGAAUGGCCAUUUUUGUUUAUCCAAGCUGGCAUGGCAGAACAUUUCCAGCAACUGACUGGCGUGAGUCUGACUGGGUCCUUCCAUGAGAAUGUGGACAAAAAGGGGGAGCGCCUUUUAAACUUCCUGAAAACUGGUGAUUCUCGAAAACACAAACCAGUCCUGAAUGCUCUUCUCAAGCUUCAAGCUGAAAGGAAUCAGUCAAGUGGUUGCUCAGAGGAAGUCAUAGAGAUGGUUCUUCUUAUGGCUCACUUUGGUGAGAAUGAAGCACAUCUGUUUCAUUGUGUUGAGGAGACGAGCCUUGCCAAGGAAGUUCAAAUGAAGGAUGUGCCAUUAACACCCUGUCUUAUUGUAUGUGGAUCCUCCUGCUUUGUUGCCAAGACGUUCAUGUUGAGCAUUGACCAAAAGGUUGUUAAUGACCACAUCACCUCCUUUUCGUCUGCCAUGUGCCUGUUGUUUGGGAGUUACUACUGUUUCAACAUACACUACCCAGUGGAACUAAGAUCAACACUUGAGUUCCUCCAAAGGUGUUUCUUCUCCAUAAAUCCAGAGAGAGGGACCAAGGUUGAGCAGAAAAAGAAAAAACUGUUCUCAGUCAAUCCCAGAGUCCUGACUCUUAUCUCUGCCCUUGCGGAUCAUGAGUGGAUCUAGAUCAACUCCCUAUGUUUCCAAAAAGGUAUGCACUGUUUCACACCUGACUUAUGUAUAAAUAAA